GUAUUAAAAAAAGUUAGUAGAGCUGUGACAGUCGCGGAGAGCGCACGCUGGUUUAAUUUAAUAACGGGGUGAAUUUAUUUUAAACAAAAUGCCGAAGAAAUUGAAAGUUGUAGUGAAGUCGAUGUACUCGCACGAGAUUCGGAAGGAUGUGAGCCUCGACGAUUUGAAGUCACUAAAACUGGAAGAUGCGUGGCCAUUUAUUAGAGACGAAAUUGAAACAGAAAUCGGUAGCAGCCAAUUGGUCUGUAUUCCGCACAUCACGGAAGCAGACCUCUACAAAUGCACCUCUCUAUUCGUUCCUAACGAAAAAGAAACUAACGGUAAAAUGUUCACGCCGCUUGGAGAAUUGAGCAACAAUCUUAAUAAAGCUAAAUCUAAUAGCGAUUAUGUGAAAUGGCUGGAACAAGGCAAUUUUCAAGAGGAGGACUUUAAAUUUCCGCAUGAAAGCGUGAAGAUCACACUGCAAGAUGAAACCAUUAAGAACAAAGUGCGAGUGAUCAUGGUCAACUUUGCACGCUCCAGCAUCCCCAAGGACAAGCAUCUCGAGAACAACAUCUAUCUUGAUAUCAAUAACAAAGAUCUGAAGGGCAAGAAGUCUGUGUACAUGAUCACGAACGUGCUGAUGGCGAAGACGAUCGAGUUCCGCGUGACCCGCGGCACCUCCUCGCGCAUCUUCCACCUCGGCAACUGGUCGCCGCUGGUCUUCGGGCUCGAGGAGUUCCUUAUCGGGGACGACGGCAAGCUCGUCAAAAAGGUACCAGUGACCAUCAAGUCCAAGGCCCUGCGUUGGAAGAAGGUGGACUCCUCGGACCACCUGUACAUCGUAAGGAAGGACGAAGCCUGCAGUGCUUAGAUUAUUUACA